AUGACUGUCUCAACUCCCAAUGUUACAGACGUCGUGAUCGUGGGUGCUGGGCUCUCAGGCUUGCGCGCGGCACUCGAAGUGUAUAGAGCCGGCCUGUCGGUGGUGGUUCUCGAGGCCAUGGACCGCGUGGGCGGGAAGACGCUGAGUCUGGAAUCAUCCGCGGGAAACGCCAAGGUCGACCUCGGCGCGGCCUGGAUCAAUGACACCAACCAAAGCGAGAUGUACGCGCUCGCCAAAGAGUUCGGGUUCGAAUUGAUCCAACAGCGAGUAACGGGCGACGGCCUUGAGCAGCAGCCGGACGGCUCCGUCAUCUCAUUCCCGCCCGGGUUGCCGGCCGUGAUGACGCCCGAGCAGAUUAAGAUGUUCCAGCAAUUCGUCGACGUGAUCAAGGGACACAUCGAACGAUCUCACCCCGAAAGCCCGCAUUUGGGUCCCGAUGCGGCAAUGCUGGACUCGAUGACCCUCGAAGCAUACGCCGAGAAGUACAGCCCGGGCAGCUUCGGACUCUUCCUUGCCGACAGCUUGGCUAUUUGCUUACUCGGCGUGCAAGCAAGAGAGCUCAGCGCCCUGUAUAUGAUCGAUUACCUCAAGGCCGGCACGGGGAUCGAAAACAUGAUCUCGGACCGCAAGCAUGGAGGCCAGUACUUGCGCAACCGCCAGUCAAACCAAACAUUCUCCGUCCGUCUUGCUGCCCAGCUUCCAGAUAGCGCGAUUCAUCUGUCCACCCCUGUUACCAAAAUCACCCGGCUUCCAGGGCAUGGUUGUAUGAUCCAAACAGCUGGCUCGGGGCCAGUCUUCCAAGCGAAGCGUGUCAUAGUAUCUGUGCCGACCCCGCUGUACUCUCUGAUCACUUUCGAGCCUCCUCUCCCGGCUGCUAAGCAGGCACUGGGUGACAACACCGCUCUUGGAUACUACGCCAAGACCAUCUUUGUGUUUGACCGCCCCUGGUGGCACGAAGCCGGCCUCAGUGGUAUCAUGCAGUCGAUGGAGGGACCCAUCGGCUUUAGUCGAGACACAUGCUCCGAGAAAGACAACCAGUACAGUAUCACUUGCUUCCUCGUCGGUGACACCGGAAGGGCUUGGUCCAAAUGGUCGGCUGUCGAGCGUCGACGGCUUGUGACAGCUCAAUUCGAUGCAGUCAUGGGUUCAACUGCCCGGGCGAAGGGCAUCGAUGUGCCGCCGCCCAUCAACGUCAUCGAAAAGGAGUGGGUGAAGGACCCGUGGGCACUCGGAGCACCCUGCCCGGUCAUGCUACCGGGUGUACUCACGGCCGACUCAGGCAAAGCCAUCCGCUCGCCGGUCGACAAUAUUCACUUUGUUGGCACCGAGACCUCGCUGGUCUGGAAGGGGUACAUGGAAGGCGCCGUGCGAUCUGGCGUCCGAGGUGCUAAGGAAGUCAUCGAUGCUCUGACAGCGCAGAUCUGUAGAGAUUGA